AUGACCAUGUCGGACACGACAGUCUUUGAUGUCGACUAUCCCUUCCCCGACCUCGAACCAGCUCGCGCCAGGGAGUCGCUUCGUUUCGCAGCUCUCGAACUCUCAGAUCGAGGACUAGCAUCUUCUUCGAGAUGGACGCUCGAGCUGCUUCAGUCUGUCCCUUACACAGAGGUUGUCAGCGAAGGACGUUUCCUAUCAACUCAGAGCCGCUCCGAUGAUUCGCUGAUGGGCACGUCAACGCCUGCGACCAAGCGACGCUCGCACGCUAGAUCGCACAUACCAGAACACUCGACACCCGCUCUUGGUAUGCAUCAGCGGAUGUCGGUCGAGCCUGGAGCAGAAGAUGCUUCUGCAGCAGAGACUUCGGGGCGAUUUGUACCCACCGCCACCUUCGCCUCGUCUCCCCUCGUCAACACUCGUCUGAGCCGCAUGGCGUCGCCAAGAGACGAUCCUGAUAGCUCGCUCAUCACGGUCGAUAGUGAAGAGGGCGCUGCUCCUGGAUCGGCACAUGUCCACUGGCAGUCCAAUACCAACUCGGUCGACUGCUCGCCCGGAGUUUCGCAACUUCGUCUCGGUGGCGCGUCCUCGGCUGGCUCGGCGCUGGAAGAGGAGUCGUACCUGCUGGCUAAAAGUCACUUUGAUCAGCACCAACUCGAACGCUGCUUAUGGGUGCUCGAGACCAGCAAGGCCACUUCGGACAAGGCUCGCUUCCUGUGCCUCUAUGCCCGCUUCCUCAUGUCCGAACGCAAAUUGGACGAACACGGCAUGAUCAUUCCCAAGCCUAAUGGCACGCUUCCCGCUACUUCGCCCAACUUGAUCCCCAUCCUCAAAGAACUCAUCGACGCUUCGGAUCCUUUUCUGCUGUUCUUGAAAGGCGCCAUCUUGCGCAAGCUCAAUCGUCCCAUCGAGGCCAUGGACUGCCUUAUCCGCUCUGUCCAAAGUUUCGCCUACAACUGGGCUGCAUGGCAGGAACUUGCCAUGACGCUCGAACCGGGCGAGGCGGAUCAGAUGGCGGAUCUGCUGCCUGAAUCUUUCAUGGUCAGCUUCUUUCGCGAGUUCCUCGACCGCCAUUCGGCGCAAGAGGGCGAUGUCACCAUCACGCGCAUCGACCGACUGCUCGAGUCGUUCCCUCGAUCCGCAUACCUGCUCACGUGUCGAGCGCAGACCAAUGUGCAUCGGCUCGACUACAUCGAGGCCGAACAGGAUUUCCAGGAAGCUUGGUCGAUCGACCCGUACAGGAUCGACGGACUGGCCGACUACUCGAAUGCACUCUACCUUCUCAACCGCACGGCUGAGCUGGCGCACCUGGCCAACAAGUUCAGCUCGUUCGCCAAGGAUCGGCCCGAGGUGUGCUGUCUGGUGGGCAACUACUACAACCAGCGAAGCGACCACCAUCGCGCCAUCGAGGCCUUCCGACAUGCUCUACGUCUUGACUCGGGCUGUGUACCCGCUUGGAUCCUGCUGGGCCACGAGUACAUCGAGCUCAAGAACAGUCAUGCUGCUGCCGAGAUGUAUCGGCGCGCGCUCAAGAUCAAUCCGCGCGAGUAUCGUGCGCUGUACGGCCUGGGCCAGGUGUACGAGCUCAACGGGGCCUACAAGUACGCGGUCAACUAUUUUCAAAAGUGCGCCGCGAUCCGACCGUACGACGGACGCAUGUGGUCGAGCAUGGGCAUUUGCUACGACCACUUGAGGCGUUCGCAAGAUGCCAUCUCGUGCUUCAAGCGCUACCUAGCUUGUCGUCUCAACCAAGGCGACACGGUCAUGGGCCUGACGCGGAUCAUCGAGGUCUACGAAAAGGAGCGCGACUUUGAAGCCGCAGCGUGCUACCAUCGACGGCUGGUCCAGGUAGUCGACCGCGCCCUGGCCGGUACCGAAUCCAACGUGGUUGCGCGCUAUGCCCGCUCGUACAUCAUCGCAGCGCGGUGGGAGAUGGGCGAGAUCGGUGCCAAAGCAGCGCACCAGCAGCAGCAGCAGCGCGCCGAAACUGGAGGCGUGGUUACCGCAGACGACAUGGAACAGGAUGGCGAGCAAGGCUCGGCUGCCAAAGUCGGCAAUCUGGCUCUGGCCAACGACUAUCUGCAAAAGGUCAUCGCAGCCGGGACCGAGCUGACGGACAGCGCCGAGAUCCUGCUCAAGCGACUUGCCUUCUUACGGGAUUGA